AUGAGAAUCAGCGCUCUCGUCCUCGCCCUUCUCCCGGCCUCCAUGGCCGCGGAGUGCACUCGUUACUGCGGCUGCGCGGGCUGCGGUGUCGUUUCCAGUGUCUCCUUUGUCCAGAGCGGUAGCACCUGGACUGCCACGGCCCCGAAUUGGGGCACCGCCGUCCUGAACGACGACGACAAUACCAUCACUGUGACCAACACUGGCAGCAAGUGGGCUUCCUUCAAUCUCUAUGGCGCCUCGUGCAUCACCCUUGAGGCUGGCGACACCUGCACUAGCACCCGCUUGAGUACCGAGGUGCCCAGCAGGGGCCUGAUGGUAUGGACUACUUAA